AUGCAAAACGGCAGCCCAAACGGCCCAUCACCCCACGAUGAACGCGUGACGCCUGUGCCUACCUCCCCACGUCCUGAAGAUUCUACAUUGGAAAUUCCAGCCGAUUCUACCUCCAGCGAGUCGAUCCCUUCCCUACCGAACGACAAUGAACUUGGUCAUCAACUGGACGAGCCUCCAUCGAAGAAACGACGCCUAACAGACACAACCCCGUCGCGUCGUUCAACCCCCCGACCUCCUUCGCCACCAUGGAAGAAGGUUGGUGUGGAGGGCCCGACGUCCUUCGUGGUGGAGGGUAAGCGCAGGUCGUCGCGGACGAACGCGGUUCCUAUGGAAAUGCAGCCACCGUCCGAUAAGCGUCAUACGCGUGCAGCGCAGCAGACUUAUGCGAAUAAGAAUACCCGUGGUGGCGCGAAACCGAACACAUCGUCACCGCUAGCUGUCACCCAGUCGCGUACCGAGAUUAAUGGGAAGUCCGGUGGCAAGCAGGUGACAAAUGGUUCACCCAAGACCGUGUCUACUAAGGCCACAUCUGGCAGACAGCAACCGCCAUCACAAUCUCCUGCGCCCAAAUCAUCACAUUCUCGUACCCGAUCCCGAACCUCUACUUCCGCCCCUCGAGCUCGUUCAAGCGUGAACGGUGCUAGCCCUCAUCAAACCCGCGACCGCUCCUCCCUUUCCGCCACAUCCCCAGCGCCAUUUGAAGCGAGUCUCGAUGGCGCAGGUGAAAUUGACAAUCAGGUACAGUCUGGACCUCAGAUUGUGCCGCGACUCCGAAUCAAAGUGAAAAAGCCAGUUCUUCCAAUUCGACACCCUGGCCACGUGCUCAGCAGGAAAUUUGAGUCCUUUAAGGAAUGGAUGGAUCAUGAAGAUGCUCCGGCUUUGCUCUCAUCGGAAGAAGCUCUCGAAGAAGCCAAGAGACGACAAGAAGUUCUUGAUGCGGCGGAACCCGGUGGACCGUUAAGUUCAGAGGUCUGCUCUGCAUACAUCACGGAAGAACAGGAGGAACCGCCGUCACAAUACUCGCAUCAAGAUCACUUGGUUGCGCAUGCACUUUAUUUCCAGAAGCUUUUGGAUAAGGAGCACAAGCGUCAUCGUCAGAUGGCCAAGCUUUUUGCUCAGUGGUGCGCCGAUGCCUACAGAAAACGUCAUAAGAACCCAGAGGACAUUCUUCGAGAACAGCAAGAAGAGAUGCGCGGAAAGCGCAAGCAGCUGGGCAAAGAUCUCCAAAAGAUGUUUGAUUUGGCACGCGCUGAAAUCGACCGGGUACGUCUUGCACGGUGGGAGGAAGAGCGAAAGGUUCAAGAUCAGCUAGCUCUUGAUCGUGCCAUCCGAAAAUCAACCAUGCUCUUCGAAAAACGUCGGUCCGAAAUUCUUGGAGAGGUUCCCAGUGAUGCUCCUGGAUCGAGCGAAGACGAAGAUGGAGAGACUGAUUAUUCGUCGGACUCCUCAGCAGCAGGUAACGGAAGCAAUAUGUCAACAUCGGAGUCUGGAUCUGAUGACGAAGCCAAUUUGGACGAUGAUGCCAAGUUGACUGCAGAAGAGCUUCGAUUAAAGUAUGCCAAUCUACCAACCGAAGACACACUUGAUCAAGUGUCCGUGAUAUCUGCGUCAAUUGACAACAGCGAAGCGGUAAUCGAUGAUACAGACUCUCAGGCAAUCCCUGGUGACACCAAGCUGGAUGACGUUGAUUCUGUCUUGAUGGAUGAUAGUGACGAAUCUAUCGACAUGGACGAUGACAUAAGUGAUAGUGAGGAUGAGAGUGGAUCUGGCGACGAAGGUUCUGAUGCGGACUCUGAAGGGAGUGAUGCUCCAUCUGAUAUGUUUGGGUUCUUCUCACGCAAGCAACGGGCUAAAAAUGCAGAUUCUGGUGAAGUGGACACAGAAGAAGUCGACGAGGACGAUGAUAAUGACGAAGAAUUUACACCCAAAGGAGAAGAACCCGAAGAGAAUGAGACCGAGGGUCAAGAUGAUGUUUCGAUUCUUCCAGCCGAGUUAGAUAUCGCCGAGGACCAGGAAAUGGCCGAUGAGGGUACGCCCGCAGAAGUCGUGGAAGCCUCCAUAGACACCCCUGCCUUCACCGAGGAUGCAUCAAUAGCCGAUACUCCCAUGGACGAUGUGCUUACUGAAGCAAGUCUAUCUGAGCCGAAUGCCCUUGUCGAGAUUUCGGAAGAUGCGACAGCAGCUAUCGACACAGAGCCACUUCAAGACAACCAUGCCAGUGGAGAGGUAUCCAGUGAAGCAUCUCCUGGAACAUUUGAAACUAAACCUUCCGAGCCUGACUCUGUUUCUUCAUACGAACCUACAACUGAGAAAGCACUUCAGGAGGUCAAUUCACCUGCACCAGGCUUGAAGACACCUAUUCCACACCUUCUUCGUGGCACUUUGCGUGAAUACCAGCACUAUGGAUUGGACUGGCUUGCGGGUCUUUACAAUAACCAUAUCAACGGUAUCUUGGCAGAUGAAAUGGGUCUUGGUAAAACUAUUCAAACCAUCGCCCUGCUUGCUCAUCUUGCUGUAGAUCAUGGUGUCUGGGGUCCCCACCUUGUGGUAGUGCCCACUAGUGUCAUGCUGAACUGGGAAAUGGAAUUCAAAAAAUGGUGCCCUGGCUUUAAAAUCAUGACCUACUAUGGAAAUCAAGAGGAGCGCAAACAGAAACGCCGAGGUUGGAACGACGACAACUCAUGGAAUGUGUUGAUCACGUCGUAUCAACUUAUCCUGCAGGAUCAAACGUCUCUCAAGAGACGGAAUUGGCAUUACAUGGUUCUGGAUGAAGCACAUAACAUCAAGAACUUCCGGUCGCAAAGAUGGCAAGCUCUCCUUACAUUCAGGACUCGAGCCAGGCUUCUUUUGACUGGUACACCCCUUCAGAACAACUUAACUGAAUUGUGGUCUCUUCUGUUCUUCUUGAUGCCUUCCGAUGGAGAUAAUACGGGUGUUGAAGGCUUCGCUGACUUGAAAGACUUCUCUGAGUGGUUCCGACGACCAGUCGAGCAGAUCUUAGAGCACGGCAGAGAAACAAUGGAUGACGAGGCCAAGCAAGUGAUCACCAAGCUUCACACCGUUCUUCGUCCUUACAUUUUGCGUCGAAUGAAGGCCGAUGUUGAGAAGCAGAUGCCUGGAAAGUAUGAGCAUGUGAUGUACUGCCGACUCUCUAAGCGGCAGCGAUUCCUUUAUGAUGGCUUCAUGUCGAUGGCUCAAACCAAAGAAACACUCGCCUCGGGCAACUUCCUUUCUAUCAUCCACUGUCUCAUGCAACUUCGCAAGGUCUGCAACCAUCCGGAUCUCUUUGAAACACGACCCAUCUCCACAUCCUUCGCCAUGCCUCGAUCUGUGGCUACUGAUUACAACGUAAAGGAGAGUCUCGUCCGCCGAAGACUUCUCUUUGACCAUCCUCUCACCAAGGUCGAUUUAGACUUCCUCAAUCUUGCACCCAUCUCUCGUGAAGAUAUCUCGCGACGACUAGCGGAUGAUAGCAUUCGACUGAUGGCCUUCGGCCCAUUCAAGACUCUCCGCGAGCGCCAAUACAACCGAACCAAUUGGAACAUGCAGUUCAACGGUUCUACGAUGGAAACAAUCUUGUCCUCGUUGGAGAAUGCCUGUCGCAAGAGGCGAAUGGCUGAAUUAGAGCGAUGCUUGUACUUCGAAUCAAAGCGUCAUGGUCGCCGCCCUGUGUACGGUAGCAGUUUGGUUGAGUUCCUACGAGCCGGGACCAAGGAACAUGCUCUGUCCAAUGCUCCCUUGCGAAAAAGUAACAUGGCCGAGUGGCUCUCAAGCCGUUCAUCUGUUCUUGCAUCUAUGAUUCUCACUCUUGAGGAGCGAUCUUAUGAAAUGGAUGGUUACGUCCAAAGAUUUGCCUGUGUUACUCCGGCUGCCGUUGCCUCGGGCAUGACAGAAGCCGCAUUGACUCCUGUUGAGACGCGUCUCCUGACCAAUACUGCCAAAGAUCAACCGUAUGAUCCCUUCCACGAAGCUCGCAUGCGCCUUUCAAUUGCAUUCCCCGACAAGAGAUUGCUGCAAUAUGACUGCGGUAAACUCCAGCGAUUGGAUAAGCUACUACGUGAUCUGAAAGCUGGCGGCCAUCGUGCUCUGAUCUUCACGCAGAUGACUAAGAUGCUGGAUAUCCUGGAGCAGUUCCUCAACAUUCAUGGCCACCGCUACCUACGUCUGGAUGGAACCACGAAGGUCGAAUCGCGACAAAUGUUGACUGAGCGAUUCAACAGUGAUCCCCGUAUUCUGGCCUUCAUUCUAUCUAGUCGAUCUGGUGGUCUGGGUAUCAACUUGACAGGUGCCGACACUGUCAUCUUCUACGAUCUAGACUGGAAUCCUGCCAUGGACAAACAGUGUCAAGAUCGUUGCCAUCGUAUCGGUCAAACCCGUGACGUCCAUAUCUACCGCUUUGUUUCGGAGUAUACGAUUGAAUCUAACAUCCUCCGCAAGGCCAAUCAAAAACGGAUGCUGGACGAUGUGAUCAUCCAAGAGGGAGAGUUCACAACAGACUACUUCACCAAGCUUCAGAAUGCGCCGGUAGAAGAGACUGAUGACCGUGAUGGUAAAGACGAAGCCAGUGCUGCUAUGGAUCGUGUUCUGGGCAACCGGGUUACAACCGGCUCUCGUGCGUUCGAACAAGCCGAAGACAAAGAGGAUAUUGAUGCGGCCAAGAAUGCUCAGAAGGAAUUGGAACAUGCCGAUGACGGUGACUUUGAUGAGCGUACUCCUUCCAAUGGGACACCGGCACAGACUGGUACUCCAUUGCCCGACACUGGUGAAGCUACUCACUCCCCCACUGCGGUUGACCCUGAAGAGCCGGAAUCCAUCGAACCAAAUCACAUUGAUGAUUAUCUGCUUCGUUUCAUGGAAUGGAACAUGCGCGAUGAACCCCUGGUGCUACCCCAAGACAAGAGCAAGAAGAAGUCGAAGAAGGGCAAGGAGCAUCACCUCAAACGCCGUCGUUAA